GACUUCCGGGAACAAGAAUGUAAACAAACAAUGGCGUCCGAAGCGGUGUGUAUCACGCUGGGUUGAAUUUAUUGAAUUGGCUGUUGGUGUAGAGAAAAACAUCAACGAAAGUGAGAAAAAAACGACUGUUGCCGUUAGCCUAUAUCUGUUUCACACUUUUAGCGGCACUAUGGCUCUUUGCUUGGGUUACAGUUGCGCAAUGAGGAGCGCUCUGCGCGCCUGUUGAUCACCGUCACAGAAGUCGUAGUGGAAGGCACAAAUACAGUGAUCUGUCUGACGGGGCGUCCGCUCAGGGUUACACCAUACUAGUGAGCACGACGUCUGUCGAGCUCAUAGGUAGUCUGAACCCGGUGUUAAACACAUUUGCAAACUAUUUCCAUUCUAUUUCAAAAGUUUGGCAGUUGAUGUGAGAAGGAAAAUAUUAACCUCAGCAGGCAUAGGGGCUGUGUCCAACAGUGCAUGAACCCUUGUUGCAAAGUUUUGUCCGAAGGUCGACAAACGCUGCCUGUGUAGUGUCCCCACGUGAACAUGGACAUCGCCGCAGUGAAUGCGCUUCCUUACGAGGAGUUUGUGAAUAUUUUCGGCAAUGUGGUAGAGAAGUGUCCCAUUGUAGCAGCUGCUGUGUGGUCGAGGCGUCCCUUUGUGAGCCUGACAGCUGUUGAGGCUGCAAUCAGUGACUUCAUCGAUGCUCUCCCAGAAUCAGGUAAAGAGGGGAUCCUCAGGUGUCACCCCGACCUCGCGGGCAGAGACCUCCAGAGCGGCACCUUGACCCGGGAGUCUCGCGAGGAGCAGGCUGGAGCCGGGAUGGACGCUCUGAGCUCCCCGGAAGCUUCGCGUAUAGCCCGGCUCAACGACGACUACAAGGAGCGCUUCGGGUUCCCGUUCGUCAUCUGCGCGCGGAUGAACGACAAGGCGAGCAUAUUGCUGCAGCUGUCCGAGCGCUGCCAGAACGAGCGCGCGGUGGAGAGGGCGCGCGGCAUCGAGGAGGUGAAGAAGAUAUGCCGCUUGCGUCUCCAGGGUCUCGUGCUAACUGACGCAACCAACAAGUAAUGAAUUUCAUUUCUCCUGUUCCAGUUUAACCACCUGUGGUAAAGACUGGCAUUGUUCUCAGGUCUGCAUAGGCUGUGAUAUUUGCUUUAUUCCAACUUUAUUAUGUGUCAUUCAUCCACCGUACUGUACAAUUAAUGAUUCAAACAAUAAAAUAUGUGUAUCGUUGAUUCUAAUUGAACACUUUA